AUGCGGCUGAGGGGAGGCAGGGGCGCGCCGGCUCACCUCGAGACAGAAGAUGACGAAGAGCUGGAAGAUGAAGACACGGGCGAUGAAUUCCGCUCCUUUACCGCAGCUAGCAUUUCCUCACAUCGCACAAACGGACAUAGCACGAUUAACGGCUCGUCUACACCCGAUUUUGCCCCCGGCGCCAUUGUCCGCGUCAUGGUCGAGAACUUUGUCACCUACGAGAAAGCAGAAUUCCUCCCCGGGCCGAAUCUGAACAUGGUCAUCGGUCCCAAUGGUACCGGAAAGAGCUCGCUCGUCUGUGCCAUAUGUCUUGGGCUGGCUUUCCCCGCCAGCACUCUGGGCCGCUCGACGAGCUUUGGAGAUUUCGUCAAGCACGGCAAGGAACAUGCAAUUGUGGAGGUCGAGCUGCAGAGGCGACCCCAGGAUCGCAAGAACUACGUCUUCAGGCUGCAGAUCAACCGCGAGGACAAUACCAGACAAUUCUGGCUGAACGGCCACCCUUGCAAGCUGGCAGAUGUGAAACUGCGGAUGAAAGAAUUACGCAUACAGAUCGAUAACCUCUGCCAAUUUCUACCACAGGACCGGGUUGCUGAGUUCGCCGGACUGAACCCCGUCGACCUCCUUACCAGGACCCUGCAGGCAGCCGCCCCGGAAGAGGUCAUCAAGCAGCAAGAAGAGCUCCGAACUCUUUUUGGUCAGCAGAAGGAGUCCCAGCACAGUCUCGACACGCAGCUGGAAAGUCUUCGCAGCAUGCACACCCGGCAAGAAGGGCUACAGGGGGAUGUCGAUCGCCUGAGGGAGCGUGAACAGAUUCGACGGGUCAUCAAAGAUCUGCAAGACAGCCGUCUCAUUGUCCACUACAACGAGAAGAAGGCCCUGUUCGAGCAGAUCAAGGAGCAGCGGAAGCGAGCCCGCCAACAGCAACGUAGACUCGAGGAAAUGUCCGCCCCAUCUCUUGAGGCUGUAAACCUCAAGCAGGAAUACAAAGCCAAAAUCGAUGUUGCGCUCAGAGCCCGAAGGCGUCGACUUAUGCAAGCCGAAGAGGCUGCCGACAAGGCCCUCGAGGCUGUCCAGCAGGUCGAAGAGAGCACCAAACUCCUCGAAGCUGAGAAGGCGGCCGACGCAGGGUCAAUGGUCACUCAUCGGCAAGCAGUAUCGGCACAACGUACCAAGAUCACCAAACUCGAGGGCCAGUACAAGAACGGCAGAGACAUCGAAGCUAAAUUUAACCCUGCAGAAUGGAAUCACAAGAUUCGAGAAUGUACGAACCGUAUCAAAAAUGAGUUCUGGGAAAAGCUCCGAGAGCUUGAUACUACCAGGAAUGAUAUCCUUGACCGGGGCAAGGCAAAGAGAACACAAGUGAAGGCAAUCCAGGAAGAAAUCGAGAGCCUGAACUCGCAAGAGGGACAGCGCUUGGUGCAACUCCGGCGUAUCGAUCGCGAAGUCGCCACGGCUUAUCAAUGGCUUCAGGAACACCAAUCUGAGUUUGAAAAGGAAGUGUUUGGGCCACCGAUGCUGUCCUGUUCGGUGAAAGACAGGCGGUACUCCAAUCACAUACAGAUGUGCCUGCAGAGAGAUGACUUCCUCUGUUUUAUUGCGCAGACGAGAGCCGACCACGGGAAAUUGACCGAGCAAUUCUUCAAGAAGAUGAACUUGGCGGUUCCUGUGCGCACCAUCAUGGCCGACUUGACAGCCUUUAAGCCUCCUGUGCCGCGCGAAGGCUUGCAGGGCCUGGGCUUGGAUGGCUACGCUAUAGACUAUCUGGAGGGGCCAGACCCGGUGCUUGCCAUGCUAUGCUCCGAGAAGAAGCUCCACCUUACCGGGCUCGCUUUGAAGGAAAUCAGUGAGCAGCAGUACCAAAGAAUUACUGACGGUGAGGUGAUCAACUCCUUUGCGACCGGCAAUACCUACCAUCGGACCACGCGAUGCAGAGAGUAUGGGCCAGGAGCCACAUCUACGGUGACUACCACGAUCCGCCCAGGAAGGUUCUGGGGAGACGAGCCUCUGGACGUAGCGGCUAGGACCAAACUCGAGCAAGACCUCGAGGUUUGUGCGAGAGAACUCGAGGAAUUAAAGCAACAGUUUAAUGAGGUCAAAACCCAACAAUCCGAUAUAGAUAACGAGUCGAAGGAGGAGCAAAAGAGACUAAAGAAUCUAGAGGGUUUGCGUGAGCAACUGGAACAAGCGAAACAGAGGGUGUUAUCGUACGAUGCCAAAUUCAAGAAAAUGGCUCACAAGAAGGCCAAGAUCGUUCUUGAGCACCAGAAACAACUAAAGACGCUUCGUGAGGCGAGCCAGGCCGUCCUUGCGGCCCAGACCCGCCAUAUCGAAGCCAAUUCGGACUUGGAAGCCUUGAAGGAGCGGAACAAGGGCAUUGUGCAACAGCUCGAGGAAGAGAGGAAGAAGCUAGAAGAGCUUGUUCGCCGGGUGGACGAAGUCAAGGCCGAGGCCCGCAAUGCGCAAACCGCAAUCAGAGAGCUUCUGACCAUCCCUGAUACUGAUGGGGAGAUGGACAUUGAGCGGAGAGACUACCUCGUCCGGUUCUCCGAGGGAAAGACCCUCGAGGGCGUUGCUGAGGACAUCCAGGUGGAGAAUUCCAAACUCGAACUCAUCCAUGAUGCCGACCCUGGUCUACUGCGCGACUUUGAGAAACGCGCAAAGGAUAUCAAGAGACAGCAGGCCGAGAUUGAGAAGAGACAGGCGGCUCUGGACAAGCUCAAAGAGGAAAUCCAGGAGAAGCGACAGAACUGGGAGCCUUCGUUGGACGAGAUCGUCAGAAGGAUCAAUGACGCGUUUUCCUACAAUUUUGAGCAGAUUAACUGCGCUGGUGAGGUUGGUGUACACAAGGACGAGGAUUUUGACAAAUGGGCGAUCGAGAUCAAGGUCAAAUUCAGAGAAAACGAGACCCUUCAAAAGCUCGAUCAACAUCGUCAAUCUGGUGGCGAGCGGGCCGUGUCGACUAUCUUCUACCUUAUGUCCCUGCAGGCGAUGGCGCAGGCGCCCUUCCGCGUGGUCGAUGAGAUCAACCAGGGGAUGGACCCGCGAAACGAGCGCCUGGUGCACGAGCGAAUGGUGGAGAUUGCCUGCAAGGAGCACACAUCGCAGUACUUCCUGAUCACGCCCAAGCUGCUGCCAGGGCUGAGGUACGACGAACGCAUGAAGGUCAUGUGUAUCGCCAGUGGCGAGCACAUGCCGGCCGAUGGCGGCAAGAUGGACUUUGCGAAGUGUGCCAGCAUUAAGAAGAGGUUACUGGCGGCUGCCAGUGCCUAG